GUUGCCGGUCCUGCUUUGAGGCAACUUUGGAAUUCUACAGUUUACGCGCCCCUUCUUGCACGCUCACCCUCCUCUGAACACUACUUAGACUCAGCUGAGGGUGUGUCGUCGUGCUUUUGGGUCUGAACCGCGUUGGUCUAAGCUCCGGAUUCGGUGAUCAUAAUAAAAAUACACAGUAGAUCGUUCACUGCUCAUGAGCGACCCUCCGUCAUCAUCUUUUGCACAACCGGAGUCUCCACCAUUGGAAACUCCCUUUGAUCCAUCCAGACCCACUUUCCUCUCUCACCUGUCGAGUAUCUACGCUCACAAUGAUUCUCCACCAUUUACGGCCGUAUUUACACAUUCUAUACCUGGGCCUGCACAUGGCGUGCGAUCAGACUGUUAUUGGUAUCCGCCAAGUAUGCCUUUUCACGAUGAUACGCUUAGCGAUGGUGGGGUCAACAGUGAGGACUCCACGGAGUGGAAUAGUGUCCUUCGGGGAGAUGUAGCAGGCGGAGCAUUGCAUUUCACUGCUGGGUUUGAACCAGCGGCAGGUACCGUUGAUCCUGGAAAUUCUCGUGACGCGGGUGAGCCUUAUACGCACAGCCCGUCCGGAGGUGGGCAGAGCAGUAUGAGGCCGAGGUUGCAGCUAGUGAUUGAUCCCGAGCGGAGUCCAAGCCGAAUUGCCGUGCCCUCGAGCGUAAGACCGACCCCCGAGGUGACAAUUUUGAUCUUUGUCCCUGGAAAUCCGGGACUCGUUCAGUUUUAUCUCCCCUUCCUCGAUGCUAUUCGGACUAGAGUCCCCGAAAUUGGCAUAUUGGCAAAGUCACAUUUAGGUCACUCACCCAGGUUAAACAACAAGGAGGAACCAUGUGGCGCUGGAGACAUUUCCGUCUCAGCUGCUGGUCUCGAGGUUCAAGUCGACAGCGUGAUAGAAGUCGUAGAUAGGGUAUAUGAGGAAUAUGAAUCUAUCCUUCGGUCCAGUGAGGAAGGGGCGAAGUUGAAUAUCGUGCUAAUGGGUCAUAGUGUCGGUACAUGGAUUAUCACUGAGGUCUUGAAAGCGCGUCCGGACGUUAUUGACGGGUCAUUUCUCCUCUUCCCUGCAUUGUGCGACCUUGCACUUACGCCGAACGGGAGACGACUCAAGCUCCUCUUUACGCCCAUAUCUGCGUACAUCUUCGCAGCCCUCGCCUUUGUCCUGUUCAGCGUUAUUCUUCCCCCCAAGAUCACGAUUUCUCUCAUAAAGAUAUUAUUCUCUCAAUGGCCACAACACCAGCAAUUCGUUCUUCGUUCGCUCCUCCGUAGCCCUCGUGCCGUCUUCAGUUCGCUGAAGUUGGCCAGGGAUGAGAUGCGCAUCAUUCGUGCCUUAGCGGGUGCCGGGAUUAGCUCCGGCGAAGGCGUGGAGGAGAGAGCCAGUAAAGCUGCGAUAGGGAUACAAACGACAAGGGAUGUUCUAAGAGUUCACGCGAAAAGGAUAUGGGUUUAUUAUGCAUUUGAAGGGGAUGGAUGGGUCGACGAGCGAGAGCGACUGGAAACCUUUAGGGCCCUAAGGGAGGGUGGUGGAGCGGCGAACUACGAGCGCCUAAAGGCGUCUUCCGGAGAGGGGAUUGGAGAAGUUGUGUUUGGGGACGAUGUCCCGCAUGAUUUCUGCAUAAAUCAUGAGCAGGUGGUUGCUGACCAGUGCGUGACUUGGUUAGUACGAGGGGGGUUCGCAAGCCACCACUAGCUGUUCUUAGGCUGCUCGUGAGAGCGCCAAGGGAAGAAGUCUUGGAAUAAAUCUCCCAGGCAUGCAUGGUGCAAUUGGAUCUCGCGCAAGAUGCUGCGCUCUGUUAUCUAUACAUCCUAUAAUACUCCUAUCAUUCACAGUAACUAGAAGGGAUCGUGAUGUGCCACAGUUGCCACCAGGAUCAACCUGCACUUGC